AUGUCGGUGCUGUUCUCUAAGGCUUUCUCAACUCGAGAGCGUAGAAGCAUUCGGGCGACCGCAGAACUGGCAAUUUCCCUCGAAGAAGAAGUAAAGAUCACAGUCGGCGAAACCGACUACGUUCUAGUACCCACUACAUCCUUUGUCGAUUUUGACGGCAAUCCGUCCUCUACUGUCCUCUUUAUCCUGGAACAGGACGAUGUCUUUCAGCCUGCCUUCUGCUCCAACGUCGUCUUUUACGGAAGCACGGCGGACCAGGUUCAGGUCCAUUCCGACGUCAUCCACGAACUCAAGCUCUGGAACACCACCAGAUGGAUUUUUGUCGCGGGCGACACCUCACCCAACGUAGCCCGAGGGCCGUAUGUCUUCGUCAAAUCGCGUGUCUGGCAGCCAUGGAGGGUUUACCGCGAUUUCAACGCCACCUUCAUGCUUGAUUCACCAGAGGCCGGCAUUGAUGGGCGAGUUAUCGUACCGUCACGCUGCUACUACAAACCAUCUGCGGCUCGUCCACUUGAAGGUGCCAGAAUCGGCGUCAAAGACAGCAUCGACAUUGCCGGCCACAAGACCACUCUCAACAAUCGAGCUUGGCGACAGCUAUAUCCACCAGCCACCAAGCAUGCCCAUUGCGUUCAACUGCUUUUGGACGCUGGCGCCAUUGUUAUCGGCAAACUCAAGCUACAGGCUAUGAUUGUACGCGAGGAGCCCGUCGAAGCAGUCGAGUUUACCGAUCCUUUCAAUCCACGCGGUGACGGCUACCAAGUGCCGUCUGGUAGUAGCAGCGGAAGUGCAGCAGCAGUUGGCUCCUACAACUGGCUUGACUUCUCAAUUGGCUCCGAUACAAAUGGAAGCGUACGCAAGCCUGCCCACUACAACGGAUGCCACACCAUUCGACCGACAACAGGCAUCAUGAACAACGAGGGUGUUGUUGGGCAACUGCCGUUGUUCGAUAUGCCCGGGUUCUUUGGGCGUGACCUCUCUAAGUUUCCUGAGUUCAUGUCUGUAUGGUAUGGAGAUUCUCCACGCCUACUUCCACCACCCAAGGUCCCAGUAACAAUCUUGUAUCCUCGCGAUUACCUGUCGACUCCUAGCCAAGAGCAAACAAAAGUAAUUGAUCGCUUUGUUGCUGGCCUCGAAGGUGCUUUGGCAGUGAAGCGUACCGCUAUAUCCAUAGCCGAACGAUGGGCCGAGGACAGUCCUGACGGGCAGGAACACCACGACAUUUCAAAGUACCUUGAGACUAAAAAGGCGGGCAUAUAUCCGUUUUUCUACGACUCAUACCAUGCCUUGGAAUCUUUCAGAAAUGAGUACAAGGAGAAAUAUGGAAAAGCACCCUUUGUACACCGAUAUGUCCAUUGGCAAUGGGACGUGGCGCGAGGCAUGUCCAAGGAAGAGAGGGAUGAAUGCUGGCGACGCUGCCAAGUUUAUCGACAGUGGCUUCUUGACAGGAUAUUCAAAGUUCAACGACAGGGACAGCUUGCAUAUUAUGGUUUUCCCGAUCAAGGUCGGCGAACCAAACUAUCGAGACUCACCAGUGCCGUAAGUUAUUCUCUCCAGCCCUACGGUCUUUUGAAUGGCUUCGCAUCGCUGAACAUGUCGCCCAUCAUGCAAGCGCCAGAGAUUACAGCAAUCGUCGGCCAGAUAUCCUUCGACUCCGUCGUGACACAGAGAACGGAGCCAUACCCUGUUGCAGCGUCCGUCAUUGGACCGCCAGGCGCAGACUUCAUCGUCACGGAGUUGACUAUUAAGGGACUAGAGACUGCAGGGAUACCCAUCAAAGUCAAGACAGGGCCAGGAGUGUAUUGAGUGUUGUGACAAAUCCAGCAAACCUAGG